CGACCCGAUUCCCCUCUCGCGGCCUCGCUCGCUGCUCCACAUUCCCGACCCAACGAAGCAGCCCUUCCCCUAAAGCCUCCCUCCGCUUCCCCUACCGUGCCCCCGCGCCGGCGACUCCUCCUCCCCGCCGGCCUCCCGCCCGCGCCCCGCGACCGCGAGCCGGGCCCCGACCGGCUCCCGUCGCCCCCCGCGCUCGCCCUCCUCCCUGCGACGACUUUCCCCGCGGCGCCCGUCCUCUGAUCCAGCCGCGGUCGCGCGGAAUCUCGCCGGGACGAAUCCGCCCCGCGCGGCCCCCCGCCGGCCCCGGAAGAGGCGAUUCUCCGCGCGCCGAGGAGCUGGGACGCUGACGCGACGGGAUCACUGGCGCAAAUGAGCCGCUACGAGUAUGAGACCAAUGGUUAUCAUCGGGCAGUGGAGGAUGAGUAUGAGGACGAGUACUAUGAUGAAGAUGAGUACGAGGAGGAAGGUGCAGGAGCUCCUGAGGAGGACGAAGAGCCACCAGAGGGUCAGCAGGAGUUCCUUCAAAUUAGAGAACGAUUGAAGGAGCAGAUUAGGCGGAAGGCACAGGGUGCCAGUGCUAGCACAGCUGGUCGCUCGUCUUCCUUGCAUGAUAGAAGACCACCCCCACCCAAUUUUGGCUCCUUCUUUGGGCCCUCCAAGCCGGUGAUUUCCCAGCGUGUGAUUGAAGAAAGGAAGUCAAUGAAAGAGAUACAGAACACAGUGCCCAGAGAACGAAGACCUCCUGGAAAGGACAUCCCAUCAUCUUCGAGAGUGCAAGUGCAAGCUAAAACAAAUGGAUUUCACCAGAAGCAAAAGAUUGUUAAUGAGGCAAAAAAGAAAGCUGAGGCACUUAAGGAUAAUCGGGACUAUUCAUUUCUACUCUCGGAUGAUGCUGACAUUCCAUCUCCUCCAAGGGAAAAACCUGCGGCUAGGCCUUCAUUGACCCAAAAGUCUGAUCGUGAGGUGAUGCAUUCUGCAGUGAAGAGUAGGGCGCCAACAAGUCAGCCCGCCAGAUUGCCAAAUGGUCAUGGGUUGAACAACAACACAUCGUCCACACAAAGACGCCCGGAAAGUAAGUUUGAAUCCAAGGGAAAGGAGAUGCUCCUAAGUAGAGAAAGGGCUGUUGACAAUGGAAGGAUGCAUAGUGUUGUUAGAAAUGGGUCCAGCCAGGCCACUGGAAGCAAAGCUGCAAGCCAAAAAUUUCCGAGCAAGGGUCAGAUAGCAAAUAAGCCUUCUAUGAAGGAAGUGAAUGAACAAUCUCUUAGAAAGGAUCAUUUAGCUAGAAAGCAACCUGUGUUACCUAAUGGUCGACAACAGCCCUCACAAAGUCAGAGGAUGCAAUCAGCCUCGUAUGGCCAGAGGCCGCAGCAGUCGUUGCAGAGCCAGAGACCACAACAGUCAUCGCAGAGCCAGAGGCCACAACAGUCGUCGCAGAGCCAGAGGCCACAACAGUCGUCGCAGAGCCAGAGGCCACAGCAGUUGUCACAGAGCCAGAGGCCACUGCAGUCGUCGCAGAGCCAGAGGCCACUGCAGUCACAGAGCCAGAGGCCACUGCAGUCCUCGCAUAGCCAGAGGCAACUGCAGUCGUCACAGCGUGAGAGGCCACUGCAGUCAUCGCAGAGUCAGAGACCACAAUCAUCGCAGAGUCAGAGACCGCAACAAUCACUACAGAGACAGAGACCACAGCAAUCUUCACAGUUGCAAUCCUCACAAAGCCAAAGACAGCUGCCACAAAGCAACAGGCCGCAGCAGAUGUUGCAACGGCAAAGGCCUCUUUCCUCGCAAGGUCAUUAUCCUGAGCAAAGAAGAGUCCAAGCAAAUGAUCGAGUAAAACCAUCCGAAAGGCAGCCAUCUCGACAAGUAUCUGCCAAUGGACGUGAUGAUCGUGCAAAGAAAAAGCAAUUGGGGAAACGAAGGUUUGAUGACGACAUUGAAGAUGAGGAUGAUCCCAUGGCUAUGAUCAGGAGUAUGUUCAGGUAUGACCCUAGUAAAUAUGCAGGCAGAGAUGAUGAUGAUAGUGACAUGGAAGCAGAUUUUGCUACUAUAGAGAUGGAAGAGAAAAGAAGCGCGAGGAUUGCAAGGCAGGAGGACGAAGAGGAGCUCCGCCUGCUUGAGGAAGAAGAGAGGCGUGAGCAGGAGAGGAAGAGGCGGCGGGUAGGCCGAUAGCCAGCCGGAUCAGUUAGCUCCAGCAUUUGUCAUUUCUGGAUGUUGUUUCCGCAAAGGCCUCAACGCCUUCGGCUGGAAUGUGGGUGCUGUCUGUGCAGACAACAGUGAGCGAGCCUCCGAGCUCUGCCCCCAGUUAAGCGCCGUGCGUAUUUCACGCCAAAUCAGAAAAAAAACGGCAGGCGAAAAGUUCUUGCAGAUUUGAAGUCGCUUGUAGACCGUUGAAGUCCUCGUGGGUUGUACUUCUGAAGCUGAUAGGGGUAGUUAGUUCCCGGGCGUAUUGAGGUAGUGCGCCGAGGUCAAAGGUGUUCUUUUUUUUGAAGUGGUACCGACUCGUCACAUUGUUGGGUUGUACUACCUGUUUUCUCAUGAUGUAACUGAUUGUUUACCGUUAGCUGGUCAUAAACAUGCCAUAGAUAAGUGGCACCUCUGUUAAAUUAAUUUGGAUGUAGGUGUGUUGAACUAGUAAACAAUGCAAUUUCAAAUAAUUAUGUUUUUUCGGUUU